GCGGAGGAGGUGCCGCCUCGGAGCCCCCGGACGCGACCAUGUCGGAGGUGCUGCCCUACGGCGACGAGAAGCUGAGCCCCUACGGCGACGGCGGCGACGUGGGCCAGAUCUUCUCGUGCCGCCUGCAGGACACCAACAACUUCUUCGGGGCUGGGCAGAGCAAGCGGCCUCCCAAGCUGGGCCAGAUCGGCCGGAGCAAGCGCGUUGUUAUUGAAGAUGAUAGGAUUGAUGACGUGCUGAAAACCAUGACCGACAAGGCACCCCCUGGUGUCUAACUGCCCCAAAGACAAUGUGUUGAGGGAAAGAAUAAGAAGAGUGGCGGGCUGUGACAGUUACUGACAAAAAGCACGAGGAGGAGGAGGAGGGAGAAAGCACUUUGAAAUUUAUUAAUAGCUUGCUACCUGCGAUGAAAUCGACAACUUGUGUCUCAAGUCAGGCCGGGAGACAGAUGAGGUGGAGAGGAGGAGGAGGAGGAAGAGGAGGAGGUGGAGGUGGUGGAGGUGGUGGUGGUGGUGGUAGCAGCGGUAGCGGUGGCUCUGGGCUCCUCUACAAAAACAAAAGUUAAAAAAAAACACACAAAAAGUAAAAAAAUAAAAUAAAAAAAAUAAAAAUCACUAUAUACACACAUAUAAAAGAAAAAAGUCUCAGUUGCAGCUAUUUGUCAAGAUUAAUACCUGUUUCUUUUUAUAUAUGGUAAAUAUUGUGCAAUUAUAGCUCUGGAGUUUGAACCACUUCCCGAAAGCAGCACCGACCACGUGAAGGUGCUUGCCUUCUCUGCUGAUUUGGCUGUUCCCAAUGUUUACAUAAUUUCAUCUGUGCACUUGGAUGUGACAUGCGGUCUAGUCCAGUUUUUUUUUUUUAAUGUUGUUUAUUCUUGGAUGUACAAAAGAAAAUUGGGGGCAGGGGAAUGACCUCUGUAGAUACUGUUGUACUUGGGUCAUCUUUGAAUGAACCCCAUUUUAAAGCAGAAAGUAACUUUUCUACGGACUGAUGCUUUGGGAAGGCCCCUUCCUGGUCUUGUUUUCGAGAGACAACUGAAAAGCUUGCGCUUCUUUGUUGCAGUACAGCUCUUUGCCCAGGUUAACACCAACAGUGGGUUUUAUAUGUCAGAAAGAAGAAGAAGAAAAACAAAGACAAACUUGCUUGAGCUUUUUCUAGCCUCCCUGGGGGCUCUGUUGAGUGAACCCCUCUUUCUUCUUCAAUAUUGUGUCACUUUAUCCAUUCUCUUUAAUGGACUGUAAAAAAAAAACAAAAACAAACAACAAAUGUAAUCACAAGAGUGCCAAAUAUCUUGAACCGCCAAAAGGCAUUUUGGUUUCCUUUUGUCCCCUGUGCUCUGAGUCCUGUGUGGGAACACUUGGAGAGUCUUUUCUGUUAUUUAUAGGGGUUCUCUUAAGGCUCGCCAGCUGCCUGUUUUGCAUGGUAUUUGCAAAAAAAUGCCUCUUGCGUGAGGAAUCUUUUACCUUUUUUUUUUUGUUCUUUUAAAUUAUUUGUUUGCAACUUUGGACCUCAAGAGGUCCCCACCCCUCCCAGUUCCUUCUUUUCUUAAUUCUCUAUUCUGUAUGUUGCACCUUGAACCAGCACACAGGGCUAUUUCUCCAGUGUACAAUAAAGAACUCUUCCUGUGUCUACUCUUUCGUUAGCCUUGUUUCUCAGGGACUGGAAUACAGAGAUGGUGGCUUUGGCCUGUAGGAUGAAACAGUUUGUGUGCGUUGUUGGGGGGUUAUCAGCCAGUGGGCUGGAUGGGUCAGGCUAUCCCCUAAGAAUGGCAGAGUCAGUGGACUUUGAAUUUUGCAAAUGGCUCCUUCUGGAUUCCCUGAGGCUUGCUUGGGCCAUCCUGUUGGGUUGGGAGGCCGCCAGUCCUGUGGAGACUGAAGCUGGGAGACUGGACUUGGGUUCAGGUUCUAGCUCUGACUGCCUUACUCUCGGAACUGGAACUUCUGUAAACAUCACCUGCCUGAUCUGCAGAGACCGAUGAACUCAGCUGCUGCCUCUUAGGGUCAAGAAGAGGAGUAUCAAUCCUCGGCACACCAGAACCUUCCACAUUGGGCCGCCGCUAGCAUCCACUAAACAUCCAACCCGAGACCCAGUUAUGGACAUACGUGUCUCUACCACUAGAGCCUACUGUUACAUGCUUGAGGAUGAGUCUGUUCUCUGGGGAUGCAUGGGGGGGGGGGGAAGUCCCAAAAGUUUCCAAGCACCUGCUGUACCUGCCUCUAAUCACCCAUUAGGAAAAGUCUGUUGGGCAGGGUGGGGAGGUAGCUCCAGUUCUCUUUAAACUGGAGGCAGUGAUGAGGGGUUCAGGUUCUGUAGGGAGAGGACUUGGGAGGAGGGGUUUUGGCUCAAGGAAGAGGUCCUGUGUCCCCACCUCCUUGCCUCCUACCCCUCCCCCAACCCUUGGGAUGUUUUGCAUGUAGAAACCCCACUGCCUGGAGCUUUUAAUGUGUUUGUUUUAAAGCUGUCAGCCAGGGAGUCACAACACAGCUCACAGUGACAGGAGCUUGAGUAUGACUCAGACAUCAGGUAAGAGUCCCCACGGGGUGGGGUGGGGGGACUGCAGAAGAGGAGCUCCAGGGGGCCCCAGGGAAAGGAGGGCAAAUGUCUUAUCCCCCUUCUUAAGUCUGACAGCCUCAGCAGGUCCCAGCCUGGGGUUCUUCAUCCUGUGGUCAUUACUGGGACUGAUGGGGGAGCUGGAACUGGCAGUGCCCAGCCUGCGGAUGCAAGCGGAUGCCAACUUCAUUUCCCCAGGCGCACAGUCCUCUUCUUGAAUCUGGCUGUCUUCCCUCUUGACCCCAGGCACUCCCUUUUGGACUUGAAGGUCUAUAGGCUCCAUUAGAGCCAAGAAAUGCAAUGUACUGCUCCCCUCCCCAGAAGGCCGAGGGGGUUACUGGGGGAAAGGAUUAGAGCUAGGGCCUGCUUUUUGUUCAAAUAAUAAUCUGCCGAGAGGGACAGAGGCCAGGCAAGAAGGUAGCUUUAGGGAUGUGGUUUCUGGUACUGUAGUCACUGAGUACCAUCUCAUGUGGUUGUCUCAGCACUUCUAGAAACCCAGUGACAUUCACUUACCAGUUACCAAAGAAGCUGAGGUCUCAGGGAAGCAAGAAAGCUUUCCCUGAACACCAGACUCACAACAGCCCAGAAGAAUGGGUGGUGUUACCUGGCUGCACAGUAGAUAGCGUGUCUCAGAGAGGGUAAUUCCUGCCAAGCGCCUCAGUUUGAUAGCUGCAGAGGCAGGAUUGGAACCCAGAGCCCACCAUCUGGGAUGAAGAUGCAGACAGACUGGCUCUGUUCCGGCUUCAACGGUUGUCCUUCAGCCUUUAAAAGUCCUUGUGUUGGUGUGUCUUCCGCAAGCUCUGCCCAUCUCCAUCAUCCUGCACAACUUGAGACUGCAUCAGGGGUCAGAAGGAGGCAGUGUGUGGAUGUGGUCAGCCAGCUCCUGGAGCUGCCCCGCGCCCUGGGCCAAGGCUGAAGGUCCAUUUUAAUAAGUGAUGUAUUAAAACGUUCCUGCUGGAGGCCACUGGGCAGCAAAGGCAGUGCCUGCCUCAGCCUGGAAUGAGUCUGCCUUUCUAGAGACCUCCAUUCAGUAGCAAGGAAAAUAAAUCUCUUAAAUAUACUA